AUGCAAAUAACAUGGAAACCAAACUUGGCCACUGUAGUGACUACGUCCUCACCAAGGAAUGACACGAGGAGUGCCUGGCGGAAAUUGCGCCUGGGCACUGUCCAGGACUGCCUCGAUGUCCUUCCCUCUCUUCUUGAGCUGGGACUUGAUGCUACGUUCGGAGGCGUCGAGGGCUUUCCUCGCUCCAGCGUCAUAGAAUUUUCUCUGUAUGGCCUCCCUCCUUAUGAGAUCGAAGUACUUGCUGACCACCUUCUCCACGUCUUCGGGACGAUCUGCACGUUCUUUCUCUAG